AUGGACAAGACUGAACUCUUGCGAUUGUCUAAUGAUCUUAGUAUGAAGGCAAUGUUUAUAGUAAAUGACAACAUAGUCGAUAUUUAUAUUGAUGAUGGAACGGUGGUUAGCCAAGAAUCCUUUCCUAAUCCAAUCAACUUGAGGAAACCAAAUGAAGAUUGUGGCAACUCUCAAUUGUUGAACAAUGACAUUAUCGGCUCUAGUUUGCAAGAAUCUGCUUCUGUGCUGAUCAAGUGCAAGGUUGACAACUAUCCAUGGAAAUUGACAGCUGGAUGUGAAGGGGAAUCCGACACUGUAAGGGUGAAAAGAUUUAAAAAUGUUCACACGCAUACUAUACAAGAUGCAAGUAAUUUCAAACCAGUUGUGCGUUCAAAUGAUUUGGGAAGAAUUGUGAUGAAUAAGAUUCGAGAAACCCCUUCUUAUUUUCCCAGACAAAUUAGCAAAGAUUUUAAGAAUGAUUUUCGAAUUAAAAUAAAUUACAUGCAAUCUUGGAGAACAAAGGAACACGCAAAAGAAGCCAUUGAUAGGAAGCCAGAGGAUAGUUAUAAGUUGGUUCCUUGGAUGUGUCAACGACUGAGGGAAUCUAUGCCAGGCACUAUUGCAAAAUGGACAUGCGCAGAAGAAGGAAAAUUUAAACAAUUAUUUGUAUCGUAUCGACGCUCAAUAAGAGGCUUUGAAGUUGGUUGCAGACCUUUUUUAUCCAUUGAUGCUUGUCACUUGAGUGGCAAUUACAAGGGCACACUACUUGGCGCCAUUGGGUAUGAUGCUGAUGAUGGGUUAUAUCAUUUGGCAUAUGCAGUAGUUUCUGGAGAAACUGAUAAGGACUGGUUGUGGUUUUUACAAAAUGUGAAAGAAGUCAUGGGAGGGCGCAUUGUAACUAUCAUAACAGAUAGAAAUUCAAGCCUAAUCAGUGGGGUUAGAGAUGUCCUUGGUUCACAGUGUCACUCAUGGUGUCUUCGGCACCUAAUGGAGAAUUUUACAAAAUUUAUAAAUAGUAAGAGUGGUUUGAAAUUGCGUGGUUCAUUUAAGAAUACAGCAAAAAAGUUUCUUAAUAAGAUUGCAUAUGCAAGAACAACAGAGACAAGUGAAAAAGCAUUACAAAAAAUGGCUGGUUUUCGAAAGGAGUUGUUUGAUUGGGUGUCAGAAAAUGGACCAGAACAUUGGGCGAAUACUCUUUUUCCAUUGCCGCGUUGGGAUUGUUGGGAAACAGCCAUAAAGAAUAUGGAAACUGAAAGGUGGCCAAACCCUGUAGGACCGAAUGUUGAGGAUAAAAUGAAGAAGAGACAGCUAGCUGCACAUGGUUUUUCAUGCAUGCCUUGUGGUCCUACGGGUGUACAGUUUAUGAUUUAA